UCUCUUCUCCUACUUCAUUUUUCAAGAUACAUUGAUCAUUUCUUAGUCAGUUGCAGUUCUUCUACUUCGUUUUGGUAUCUCUGCUGUGUUUUCUUUCAACCCUUUAUGGUGUUGAUGUGAGAACAGAGGUGGGGUUAUUGAAUUUUCUGUUUCUGGGCAUUUCUGGUUUCUGGGUGUAGUGUUGAUUGAUAUUCACGAACUUCUACUCUGUUUGUGUGUGUCAGUUGGAUUCAUUCUUGGGUUUUUUUUAUCAGCUAUUAGAUAUACAUUUUAUAGUUUUUUGAGUUUAAGAAGGAAAUGAAAGAUGGUUUCUUGGCUGGAUAGGACUGUAGCAGCUUGUUGCCAACCUUUAGGUCGAUAUGUCGGUUUGAGCAGCGGUGAAGAUGGUGUUCUGGGAGGUGUAGAUUACCCAUUGCUAUGGUAUAGAGACCUUGAGAAACAUUCAUGGUGGGGAGUUCUCUUUGCUGUGGCACAGGCUAAUCAAGUAUGUGAAGAUUAUGGCCACGUUGAACCAGGUCGUGAAGGUACCUUUGUUGGGGUUUAUGAUGGCCAUGGUGGCCAUGAUGCUUCAAGAUUUGUCUGUGAUAACCUUAGCCGGCAUUUAAUAACGCUUGCUCAAGAAAAGGGAACAAUAGAUGAAGAAGUCCUUAAUAAUGCCUUCGCUGCAACUGAAGACGGCUUCCUUUCUAUUGUGGAAAGGGAAUUUCAUGUUGAUCCAACAAUUGCGACAACGGGGUGCUGCUGUCUGGUUGGUGUUAUCUGGAAAAGGACAUUAUAUGUUGCUAACCUGGGGGACUGUAGAGCAGUAUUAGGUCAUAUAGGAAGAUUCAAUAGGAUUGUUGCUGAGCAAUUGACUGAUGAUCAUAAUGCCAGGAUCAAGGAGGUCAGGGAUGAACUGAGAGCUCUGCACCCAGACGAUCCAAACAUUGUGCGUCGUGUCAGAAAAACAUGGCGUGUUAAAGGCAUUAUACAGGUAACUAGAGCAAUUGGAGAUGCAUCUCUGAAGAAGCCAGAAUUUGCUCAUGGUGUAAUGGAACCUUUUAGGCGGCCAGUAGUAAGAGCUGAUCCAUCUGUCUCUUCAAGAAACUUACAACCAUGCGAUAGAUUUGUUAUAUUUGCUUCUGAUGGGCUGUGGGAUUUCUUAAGCAAUGAAAAGGCUGUACAAAUUGUGCAUGCCUACCCUAGACAGGGCAUAGCUAGAAGACUUGUUCUAUCAGCCCUGAAUGUGGCGGCACAUGCAAGAAAGUUGAAGUACGGUGACCUUAUGAAUUAUGACAAAGGUGUCAGGAGGGCCUUUCAUGAUGAUAUAACAGUCGUGGUCAUCUUUAUAGAUCACGAGAUGCUGAAUGACGAAUUAACUGUGCCUGGAAUGUCAGUUCGAGGAUUUGUAGACACUCAUCGACCAUCAGAUUUCAAUAUUGCGCAAGAGGUUGCUACAGAGACUGAACUCACAGAAACAGUAUAACAAGUUGUUGGCACUUGUUCUUUUCUAGGGAAGCCUGGAUGUGGGAAGUUUCUGAUCUCCCAUUUUUGCCUUGUUUUACCAAUUUACAUUUUGAUAUACAGUCCAGAUGAACAAGCAAGACUAUUAGGUUACCCAUAUGCCACCACCAUCCAAAUCUUUGAAUGUACAAAGACAUGCUGAGGAAACUACCUCCUAUUGUUUGUUUACCAUAAUGUAAA